AUGACCACCCGGAAGAGCGUGAACACGUCUGUAGUGCCUAGUGAGGACUGCCGCUAUUACAGCCAACUUUGCGUGGAUAGCUCUUCCUUCCUUCCACUGAGUAAUGUCCCCAGUACAAGCCCCGGCAGCAGGAUGACCACCCGGAAGAGCGUGAACACGCAACUUCAGCAACAGCAGGCAGAGUUGGAAGUGCACCAGAGAGAUGGCUUGUCAUCAUACGACUUAUCUCAGGUCCCUGUCCCCAACCUACCAGCUGGUGUUCACGAGACCGGGAAGUCUGUGGAGAAGGCAGAUACUAUCUUCUCCCAGGAAAGAGACCCCCGCUUUGCUGAGAUGUUUGCAGGAAUCAGUGCAUCGGAGAAGAAGAUGAUGAGCUCAGCCUCUGCAGCAGGGAGCCAGCAGAUCUACCCUCAAGGAAGCCCAUUCCCCGCCGGACACUCGGGGAAGGCCUUCAGCUCUUCAGUGGUCCAUGUGCCUGGAGUGAACGAUAUUCAGUCCUCCUCUUCAACAGGCCAGAACAUGUCCCAAAUCUCCCGACAGCUGAACCAGAGUCAGGUGGCAUGGACAGGGAGUCGUCCACCCUUCCCAGGACAGCAAAUCCCAUCUCAGUCCAGCAAGACUCAGUCAUCUCCCUUUGGGAUUGGAACGAGCCACACCUACCCGGCAGACCCCUCUUCCUACAGUCCUCUCUCCAGCCCGGCUACAUCCUCACCAAGUGGGAAUGCCUACUCCAGUCUCGCCAACAGGACUCCAGGGUUCGCUGAAAGUGGACAAAGUAGCGGGCAGUUCCAGGGGCGGCCCUCGGAAGUCUGGUCGCAGUGGCAAAGCCAGCACCAUGGUCAGCAGAGCGGUGAGCAGCACUCCCACCAGCAGCCCGGUCAGACUGAAGUGUUCCAGGACAUGCUGCCCAUGCCAGGAGACCCAACCCAGGGGACUGGCAACUAUAACAUCGAAGACUUUGCCGACCUGGGCAUGUUUCCACCAUUUUCUGAAUAGCUGCGGGCAGAGCAAGGCUCCCGCCAUACAGUGCCACCCAUGCUGUGACGCUGCCUGUGUGAACGGGUCCCCCUCUGCCCUGCCUGCCCUGCACAGGAGCCCCCACCAGAGGCCAUCUCACCCCCCUGUGUCCCCUCGGGCACAGAAGUGCUCAGCUCUCGCCUGCAGCCAUGGCUGCCUGGCCACUGACCAGGGGCCCUGGUAGACAUGCGGGGAUCACUUGUAUCUAUUGUACUCUACCUGCGUGUGCUCAGGAGGUGAGCCCACUGGGUCCUCAAAUUUGGGUGUGAAUAAUCUUCUAAUAGACCAUUUACACCUAUAAAAUUUCAGUUAACGCCCAGAGUGACCAGGAGCACCAGCAGCCUGCCCAGGAUGCUGAAGUCAGG